UCGGCCAGUAGCAUGCCGCCCUUCGUGCUAUAAACAUCGUGCAGCUUACUUGAAACGAAACGUCGAUGGUAUCUAUCCACUGCAUUUGACUUCUUCAACCGCUGUUUCAACAUCUGCAAUCAUAAUACAACGACGUCAUCAGCAACACACUUCACAGAGUGAAACCGCAUUCAAUAAGUACACGGGAUGAGAGCCAACAUGUAGACCGAAGAGGGACGCGAGAAAAUAACAAAACAUGGUGGACAAAGAAGAAAUGACGAAGACACCCUCGCCCCUGAAUAUCAACGAGGCGAUCGAAGGGGAAGUGUUGAACCAAAAGACUGCUAGGAUACUUAAAAACGAUCUCCUAUUAUACGAGGCUGUGAUAAAAAAUGAAGCGGACACCGUUCGCAAAGUGCUCAAAGAGCCCGUGGACGUCGAUUCCAGGAACAAUUAUGGUCGGGCGCCAAUUCAUUGGGCAGCAUCCAGGGGGAACACGGAGAUCAUAGAGAUGUUGAUACAAGCGAAAUGCGACAUCGAGGCCAGAGACAAGUUCGGCAUGCGUCCGUUACACAUGGCUGCGCGAUAUGGACACAGGGACGCUGUUAAAAUGUUAAUCAACGCCGGAGCGAAUGUGUCAGCGGUAAACAAGAAGCAAUAUACUCUCUUAAUGUGUGCUGCUCGGGGCAACAACGUUCGCGUCGUCGACUACCUUGCUGAGGCAGUGGAAUCGUUGAACGGAGAUGCAACCGACUGUACCGGUGCGACAGCUCUUCACCAUGCAGCCUGUGCCGGUCACCCAAGUAUGAUAACCGCGCUUACCAAUGUGCCAAGAAUCGAGCUGAAUGCUGUGGAUAAAAAAGGCCAGACGCCUAUACAUUGUGCCUGCGCGGAAGAACAUCUAGAAGCCGUGGAAGUUUUAAUAGGACUGGGAGCUAAGGUGGAUGCUCAGGACAAUGAAGGCAACACGUGCCUUCAUGUGGCCACGAGAACGAGGCACACGGCUAUAGCUCAAUUGCUAUUGAGAGCCGGGGCGAACACUGAAUUAACCGACGAAAUGGGCUUUACUCCGCUUCACGUGGCUGCCAGUCAGGGUUGCAAAGGGAUAUUAGAUUCGAUGAUUCACCAUGGGGCAGCACUCAACAAACAAUCCAAGCAUGGAAACACGCCUUUGCAUUUGGCCUGUCAAAACAACGAAGUAGAAACGGUCGAGAUACUGAUCAAUAAAGGCGUCGAUCUAAAUUGCUUAAAUUCGAGAUUACAAUCGCCGAUUCACAUCGCCGCAGAAAUGGGACACACGGAUAUUUGCGAACUGCUGCUAGCAGCAGGUGCGAAUAUCGAACAAAGGGAACAGAGCGGCAGGACACCGCUUUACAUCGCAGCAAGAGGCAGUUUCACGGCAAUCGUCGACAUGAUAAUUAAAACCGCGAGAUUGGACUAUCCCACACCGGAGGAUUCAACAUCCGACAAAGAAAUUCGUGAUCUAACGCCAGCUAGAAGAAGAUGGCGAGAAGGAUCGAGGGGUGGAAGCAUUUCCAGUAACAAUGGCGCCUUUUCGGAGCAUAUUCGAUCGAUUUUAUGGAAGUUGGCAUACAAACAAUUAGGUCCCGAGGAUUGGAAAAAAUUGGCGUUGCAUUGGGCGUUCACAAACGAUCAGAUUCGAGCAAUCGAGCAUCAAUACACUGCUCCUCUUAUAGGUCCUUCGAGUUACAAGGAACACGGUUUCCGAAUGUUGAUGAUCUGGGCGUCGGGAUUGAAUCCUGAAAUCUCCAUAGGGAAAGAGCUUUGCGACGCUUUGUUUGCAGUAGACAAAAAGUCUGUCGCUGAAUCCGUUCGUAAGCACAUGGAUCAAGAGAAAGACGGGAAAGAGAAAAUGAACAAACAGCGAUGUCAUAAAUGCUCGAUCACUUAAAGAUAAUUGAUGAUCCUGCUUGAAUGAGAAGAAAGUUACGAAGGACAGAAAUUAGGAAAAUUUGAAGGAUCUUCGGUAGAAAAUUUUAGCGAUACUCACUAUGUGGCAUAUCUGUAGAGACGCUGAUCUUACCUUUUUUACAGUAUGUUUCAAUAUAGAGGCGUGUAUCAUAGUGAAAUUGUCGUUUAGCAUUCGAAGAUCAACGAAACGAAAAUAAGUUCUGCGAAUCAACGAAAGCUUUCGAUAUAUCGCGAAAUCUGAUUUGAAUCUUUCAAAUGAAAUGGAACAAAUUCAUAUCAUCGCGCAAAUGUACAAAUUUUCGAGUCUAGAUAUUUUAAUGUUGAUACUUUAUAUAUAUUUUUAGAAAAUUCGAACAAUUCAGCAGUGUUGUAACUUUCAUUUUCAUUUGUUAGUUAAAGAAAUGAUCGACGUCCGAAGCCGUCCUAUUUCAUUUUAUCUUUUAUUCGAUAUAUUCAUCCAGUUGUUCGAAAAUCCUAUUCCAAAUUUCUACUGUAAAUACGUCAGCGUAAUACGUAAAUACUUCUAGAAUAAGUGCGAAAAAACAGAGAAAUUAUACAGGGCUUUCGAUGUGAUAAAAGAAAUGCAUAGAGAGUAGACGAAGGAAACUAUCACGAAACUUUCAAUCAUUGUAUAAUUCGAGGAAGACAAUCUACAUAUCUGAGUAUUACGUACAAUUAAAUAAAUGCCUGAUUAAUAGUCUAUAGUAAACUAUUUUUAAACCACUAUACCCCGUCCAAUUAUGAAACAAUAUUUAGCAGAAUUAUCCAUUAGAAAGAAAGAAAAUCUGAUUUAUAUUUCUCAACAUUUCAAAUAUUGAAAACUAGAAUUUCAAUAAUAACUUUAGAAUUAUAAUUGAAAUUCUAAUUUUAGAAAUAAUAACUUUAAACAUACAAUUUCUUAAUAAUUUACGAAAGAAACUAAAAUCCGUAAUUUUAUGCGAUAGUUUCAGGCAUCAAUAUCUCGGUAUAAUAAAAUUCCGUGAAAAUAUACUGACAAAAUUUCGAUAUUCCAUAAAUCUCCAAAUAAAAUAUGUAUAAAAAUUAAAAUAUCUUACCUUAAAUCGAUCCUAAUCCUUGAAUUGUUGAUCUUGGAAAUGAUAACUUGCAGCGGGGGAUGAUAAGGAUGUUAGGCAGUGUAAGGUGGUUAUCAGGAAAAUUGGCAGGAUACUUAUCAGGACAAUGGUGUAUCUGGAGUAGCCUAAACAGAGUAUUCUAUUAAAAUGUGAAUGUUUAUUAAUCCAUACGGAAUAUUCAUUUGUUUCUAUACUAUAAAAGAAUGCAUUUCUUGCUGUUUCCAUCCUCGCAAUAUAUAACAAAAUAUUAUGAACGAUAUAUCUAUCAUCAUCAUCAUCAUCAUCAUCAUCAUCAUCAUCAUCAUCAUCAUCAUCAUCACCAUCAUCAUCAUCAUCACCAUCAUCACCAUCACCAUCACCAUCACCAUCACCAUCAUCAUCAUCAUCAUCAUCAUCAUCAUUAUCAUCAUCAUCAUCAUCAUCAUCAUCAUCAUCAUCAUCAUCAUAUUAUUA